UGAACAUUGUCUUAAUAAUGAACGGUGCUGGACUAGAGCGUGCGACUCUGACUUGCCUUGCCGUGGCUGACUGGAUUGCUGCUGGUCUGCUACUAGGAUCAGCAUGUUUUGCUGCGGGACCAACCAUUUAUUUCCUCAGAGACAUUGGUCGGUGCAAAUACAUGGUUAGGGACUGCAACCUAACAUUUCUUUCAAUAGGAUCUGCUCUCAUUGCUUGGUGCUGCAUCGUUACUCCCUUGUAUUUCAUUCUCUCACAUUUCUUUGCACGACGUCGCUAAGAUGUGCUGGACGAAGAGUGCUACUGUUGGGAUCAAUUGAUGACUUGAAGUUUGUUUGUCUUUGACAUUG